UGGUGGGUGGCUAGUGAUCCUAGUGGCACGGGCAAGAGUAAGCCAGGCUCUUGGCCUGCAUACCCGAGGAAGGCUGGGCAGUGGAGGUGUGGAGCAGGGUCUAGCUCUUGCUAAGGGUUUGACCUGGGAAGAACCUAAGGUCCCCUUUACUAUUCCACUCAGAUUUUAGGAUUGGGAAGGGCAGCUCUGACAGGCCCAGGAGCUGGAGGGGAUGCCUAUCAUGGGGAGUGGGGAGGGGCUUCUUACAGUUUGUGGUGGGACAGGCGGUCUCCUUCCUUAUUCCUUUCUGCCUGCUAUUUUCUUAGCAUCCACCUCCAGCAAGUACGCGUUUGCUCUCUCGUUUGUGCUUGUCGGCAGAAGGCCACCUGAUCAAGGCCUGGGUUCUGAGUUCUGGAGAUGGAGGGCUAUGGUAUAUGCAGCUCUGGUCCUGAGGGGGAGCUCUGGCUCCCCCCUCAAACUGAGGCAGCCUCAGGGUCCACCAUGGAACUGUUUGCAGCCAGCGGCCUGGAGCAGCCUUCUGUGGAUAGUCAAGACUGCAUGCAGGGGGCACUCUGUUGGGUGGUCCACAGCCGCUGCCCAUGUGACGCAGUGGCCUUUGAUGGGGUCUUUUGAGAGGGGUGGGGGAUGCUGGGGUGCAAGGGCGGGCCACACUACUUGGCAGGCCGAGGUUGUAAUUUGUGUUAUAUAUAGCGGGUGGGGCUGGCCAGCCAGGGAGGGUAGCGUCAGGCUAUAAGCAAGCCUGGUGGUACUCAGAGAGCACAAGCCUCAGCUAGGAAGACACGGCGCUGGAACCCAUGGACACUUCCUAUCCCCGUGAGGACCCCCGGGCUCUAUCCCGCAAGGCUGAUGAUGCUGCCCACACGGCCCUCUCCGUGGGAACACCGGGCCCUAUGCCACGAGACCAUCUCCUGUGGUCAGUCUUCAGCACGGUCUACCUGAACCUGUGCUGCCUCGGUUUCCUGGCGCUGGUCCACUCGGUCAAGGCCCGAGACCAGAAGAUUGCUGGGGACCUGGAGGCUGCGAGGCACUACGGCUCCAAAGCUAAAUGCUACAACAUCCUGGCGGCAAUGUGGACACUGGUACCCCCACUGCUGCUCCUCGGGCUGGUGGUGACCGGAGCCUUGCACCUGUCCCGGCUGGCCAAAGACUCUGCGGCUUUCUUCACCACCAAGUUUGAUGACGAGGACUAUAACUAAGAGUUCAAGGUCACCGAACCCAGGUGCCCAACACCAGCUCCUGGGAGUUAGAGCCUACCACAGUACCUUGG